CUGACUCAGAGAUAAGACACUACUCACUGAGCUGUAGCUACACCUUCUAGGAGGAUUGACUGAGGUCUUCAAAAUAAUAUGGUAACGGACUGAAACUCUCAGGAGUCGGAGCAAGUGGGUGUAAACUCUUACGGUGGGAAGGAAAGUUUUGGAUCCUUGCUGCACCUGCCCGGGUCAGAGAGAUCAAACAUUUGUUUUAAUUCGACUUGUUCUCAGGGAAAAACAAAGCAAUUGCCUCCAGGGCGCUCAGGCUGACAGUCUUUGAGUUGAAAAGGUCACGUAAACCACCUUUAAAAUAAUUGCCUGGGACUUACCGUCACGAUGUAUCAGAACCGACCAUUGGGGAGCCCGCCUGCCUAUAGCCCAAGUCAUUUCACCCAACCCAUCCUACACGGACCCUCCGUUGUCAGUUAUGAAUAUGAUGUGCGUUCCCCUCCACCAGGCUCAUUCUACAUUGAGGAUAAGCCACAACACUUCUACAAAUGGAGCUCCCCACCUGGGAUUGUCCGUAUUUUAGAGGGCAUUGUCGUACUCCUGUGUCUCACAAUUUUUGCAUGUGUGGCAUCUACGUUGCAAUGGCAGUAUGGUUACAACUAUGGCAUGGGCGGAAUAUUGGGAGGAGGCGGGUAUUACCCUGGGAUGGGAGGCAGCUAUUAUCCUGGGAUGGGGGGAGUCGGUAGUGGCAGCUAUUACCCUGGGAUGGGUGGCUAUGGUAGCCACACUGACCCCAGGGCUGCCUCUGGCUUCAUGAUUGCAAUGGCAGCCAUUUCCUUUAUUGUUGUACUGGCCUUCUUCAUUGCCAGCGUUAGCAAGUCCCAAAGCUCCAGAAGCCGGAAGUUUUACCUGUUGUUGCUGAUAUUCAGCGCUAUCCUGGGUGGGUUGGAGCUGAUUGCCAGCAUUGUAUACAUCAUGGGGGUCAAUCCCACGGCCGGGAGUGGAGGAUCCAUGUACUAUUCCCAGAUAAGGAUGAUGUGCAACCAGUUCUAUUCUGGAGGUGGCAUGAUGAUGGCUAAUCAGUAUCUAUAUCACUAUUGUGUUGUGGAUCCUCAAGAGGCUGUGGCGAUUGUUUGUGGAUUCCUGGUGGCGUUGACGUUUUGUAUUAUUGCUUUCUUCGCUCAAAGAGUGCGGCAGAAAAUCUGGAAAUACGGGAAGCCAAAUAUCCUCUGGGGAAAAGGUUUUGCUGAAGAAGAGGUGGGACCGAAUGUGGAGGAAUGGGUGAAGACUGUUCCAGACGGAGGUCAUGAUGACAUGGAAGCAGUUCAGUACUUUGAUAAACCAGCCAACGGUAUCAAUACGAUGAGCACCAAUGAGUAUAAUUCACAGCCUAUCACACAUAAUUUGGAAAAUCACAAUCAGUACCAUCCUGCCUCCUGCCCUUCGAGGAACUUCAACUCGACUCCAUCUGAAGACGCAGUGAAGAAGCUUCCAGCCAGUCGAAGGAAGAGAAGGAGACGACGUGGUAGGUCUGAUGUGGAGGAAUCUCAAUACGAGACUGAUUACACAACAGGAGCAGAAUCCUGCGAUGACAUGGAUGAUGAGGAAUGGGAAAGCUUGUACCCUCCCAUAACCUCUGACCCCAUACGGCAGGAAUACAAGUGGGAAUUUGAUGCUGAUCUUCGGGAAUAUAAGCAGCUUUGUGCUGAAAUGGACGAAACCAACAAUCAGAUUAAUUUCCUGAGCAAGCGGCUGGACGUCUUGACUGAGGAGAACGCCAGCUAUCAGGGAGUUGCUGAGGAAUACAACAGAUUAAAGGACUUCAAAAAGACCUCUGAGUAUCAGAGCAAACGACUGAAGAGCAAGCGGCUGAAGAGCAAACUAUCCCACAUUAAGCAGAUGGUCAGCGAUUAUGACCGUCAGCGAGAGUAACUUUUGAGAGGAGACUCAUCAUCCUUCAGUCUCUCCUGCCUUUUCCCCCUUCUGCCCCUAUCCCCAUCCACAGCUCACAACAUGAAAACUGGGAAAUGUCCUGCAGAUUUUAGUGAAGAUUCCAAACUCCAGUCAGAAACUCUACCUGUGGGAGCACGAUCAGGACUGGAAUGCUACAGCUUUCACAGUGAGUCUGAAUUGACACCAGACUUCAAGCAGGGGAAGGCUGAGUCGGGCUGACUCCGUUCCUACAUUAGUUUAUAUGACAGUUUUACUCUGCACGAGGAGGAGGAUCUAUGUGGUAUUCAAUGCAUGAUCAAUCGAUAAACAGACUGUCAACACUUGGGUGAAUAAAACAUGGGAGGAGUCCAUCCACAACUCCAAUCACAGCAUUCAACCUCUGGAAGAAUUGACCCACAAUCAUCCAUUACAUGGGAAAAAUGAAUCAUCAUUAAAAUAUCAAAUUAUUUGAGAUCUUU